AUGUCUAUGUUUCGUCGCACGCCUCGGCUACUGAGUGCGCCCACGACGACGCACACAAAUGCGCAACAAGAGGUGCUUGAAAUUAAGUCCGCGUAUUCCCUGCUGCGGAUGUGUUAUCGCUCGAUUGACAUUAGGGUGAAGUCACGUCAUGCGCGUCAGUUCUUACAAAAGCGUCUGAUGCAGCAGUGGCGCGAGAACUGCCACGAGACAGAUCCUGAGAAGCAACGAUUUCUUAUGGACCACGCGGGUUCGUUUCUGCAGGCCCUGCACUCCCCGCGUAACCCCAAGCCGGGCGAGGUCGUCACCUUUCAACUCUCCCGCCAAGUGGCAUACGAAGAGGCGCAGCGGGCGAAGGCGGAGCGGGCAAAGACGGUACACAAACUUCCUUUGGGUGCCAAGUUGAACUAG